AUGGGCGAUCACAAAAGUGGCCUCAUUUGGCAACUAGACUGCCUGUGCAGUCACGGGGUUGAACUCGAUGUAGGAGACACAUCCUGGAGAGAAAAAGAGAAAGGGAAUUCUACUGAUGAACAAACUAAUAAAACACUUAACAACCAACAACACAAUCAACAUUACGCUUUACAAAGAUUAGCAUCCUUACUCGAACAAGCACAUAGAGAACAAAUCAACCAGAAACAGUCAUCUAGCAAAGUUCUAAACCGAUUCCAAGAUGAAACGCCAUCUCUGUACGGAUCAAGGUCUCGUUUCCCGAACGAAUACGAAAACUACCGAAAGUAUGAAGAGACUUUGGAUCCGGAACCGGUUGCAGAAGCAAAUCAUCGAAAGUUGGAACCAGUUUUGGAUCUGAGGCAGUUUGAACCGUUUGUUCAGCAAUUGGAGGAGGAUAAUUUGGAGUAUGUUGCUGAUGAGGUUGCUAAAAGUGAAGAAAAAAUUGAGCCUCCACCAAGACCCCACAACGAACUAAAAGACCUCCAAGACCGAAUAACCGCCAACCUGAAUGCAAAAUACUUCAACAGCUACCACCAACGACCGCCAAUUAACAAGAACUACGGCCGAAUCUACGCCAACCACCAUUUCGGAAACGACCUGAACGCUAAAGAUGACACCAAGUACCAAAUUUCGAAAUCGAAGACAGACAACAAACAUUUGCCAGAUAGCGAAAACUUCAUGUCCAAAUUUAGUCAUCACCGAGAUGUAACACAAGCAGUGGCACAAAAUGAUGAACACGUCGAACACGAGAACGAAAAGGAAACUACUGCGGAUAAGAAGUUAGACGGGUCGGAGUUUACGUAUAAUUUACCAGCUCUGGGGUCACAUCAGAUAAGGGAUAAGGAACCACCGUUCGCUGUCGGCCCUAAUGACCCCAGGUACUACGGAGAGGAAGUGCACAAUUCGAAAGUUGGCGGAAAUGAUGACCAACCAUUAGAUUUGAAUUCCAAAUUCGAACCAUUCUCCGAUUACUCUCUUUACGACCAAGGCGUUAAAAUGACAAAACUGAUCCGAAAAAGGCCCUUGGAAGACGAUGGUCCAACCCUGUAUGUUGUAGCAAUGGUAGCCGGUAUAAGUGCAGCAGCUACCGUUGGACUGGUAGCUUUCGGUAUCGGAUGGUACACGUUACAAAAACGGUCCAAGUUGGCCCAAGAUGCAGAAUAUCCGGCGUACGGCGUCACAGGGCCAAAUGUUAAAGACCCGAAUCAGGGUGGGCCUUUGCAAAGUCCUGCUUCAUUAAAUUUAGCUGAUAAACGACUGGCCCAAAGUGCGCAGCUGUAUCAUUAUCAUCAUCAGAAACAGCAGAUUUUGGCCAUGGAGAAUCGUUUAGAACCAUCACAAGUUCAUAACCAAUCUGAUCCUGAAAGUGAUGAAGAAAACGAUGAAGGAGAUUACACAGUAUACGAGUGCCCAGGACUGGCUUCUACUGGCGAAAUGGAAGUAAAAAACCCAAUGUUCUUAGACGAACCAACCCCUGCGACACCAAACGAACAAAAUAAAAGUUCUCCGAAAGAUAAAAAUUGA